AUGGCUGAAAGAUAUUUGAAAUAUCUUUCGAUAAAAUCAAUUAUUAUUAUUGCGUUUUUAAUUGAUAAAAUCUUGACUCUGUCUAUUUGUCCAACGGCUGUUUGGUCAUCGACUGGGAAGACAGUGGCUGGUUCAUCAACAGGUACAGCUGGCACCACAUUGAUAAGACUUGAUACUCCAGUUGCCGUUAUUGUCGACAACAACAGUAAUUUUUACGUGGCUGAUAGUGGAAAUUAUCGUGUGUUAUUAUUUCCGUCAAAUUCAACUAUAGGUAGAAUGAUAAUUAAUGGCAGCUCUGGUACUGGACUUAAUCAAUUUAUGGAGAUCGAUGAUAUAUAUAUAGAUGCCAAUGGUAACAUCUAUGUACUGGAUGGAACCUUGUCACGUGUAACAAAAUGGACACCAGGAUCUACGAGUGGCAUUAUUGUAGCUGGUGGUCCUUUCAUUGAUUACUUUGAUGGACAUAUGGACAUCAUGGGUGAAGUUGGCAGGAUGUUUAUUGAACCUCAGUCAUCGUUUAUCUGGAUUGCUGAUUCAGACAAUAAUAGAAUUGUCAAAUGGAUAAAUUCAUCUACAGCACUAACAGUUUGUGGUAGUUACGGUACAAACUCUGAUCAAUUUAAUUUUCCAGCAGCAUUAUUCGUUGAUACAGUUGCUGGAAAUACACUUUAUGUGGUAGAUUGUUGGAACCAAAGAAUACAAAUGUGGCUUCCAGGUGCAACUAGUGGACUAACGGUGGCUGGAAUAACAAGUUAUUAUGGUACUAGACUCGAUCAGCUGUGGAAUCCAAUAGCAAUAGUUGUCGAUAGUAAUCAGAAUAUGUUUAUUGUGGACUUUAGCAACUCGAGAAUUCUAAAAUGGAAAGUAGGUGCAAGUUUUGGUGUGAACAUUGCAGGCACUGAACCAAAUGGAGGAAUAUCAUCAAGUCAACUUAAUACUCCAGGUAGUAUUAGCUUCAGUUCGAAUGGAACACUAUACGUUGCUGAUACUUAUAAUAAUCGCAUACAAAGAUUUACUAUUUCUUGUCUGCCUAUUUCGACUUCAAAUUGUGCAAUAAUUACUUGGGCAUUUAAUGCAACAACAAUUGCUGGUUCACCUAUAGGCCUUACGGGUUUCACUGCAACAUUAUUAAAUAAUUCUGAAGACGCCUACAUUGGUAGCAAUGAUUCUAUUUAUGUUAUAGAUUGUGGUGCAUAUUGUCGUGUGCAAAUUUUUUAUCCUGGUAAUCGAGAAGGAGUAACAAUCAUUAACGGUACCUUUGGUACCGGUCUCAAUCAGUUCUAUAAUAUGGAUGGUAUAAGCGUGGAUCAGAGUGGUAAUGUCUAUAUACUUGAUGCCUUUAGCAAUCGUAUUACAAAAUGGGCCCCAGGAGCAUCGACGGGUAUACUUGUAGCCGGUGGAAACGGCCUGGGUAUUUCACUCAAGCAACUAAGUACUCCUUACGGUUUUUUCGUUGAACCAAAUACAUCCUAUAUUUGGAUAGCUGAUACAGAUAAUUGUCGAAUUGUGAAGUGGAUGAAUGCAUCAACUGGAGUACUUGUUGCGGGUGGUAGUUGUGGUACAAAAGCUAAUCAAUUUAAUUCUCCGAACGGAUUAUUCAUUGAUACAUCUGCUUCGAAUACACUUUAUGUAGCAGACACAAAUAAUAAUAGAAUCCAAAAAUUUCUUUAUGGAACAAGCAACGGAACAACAGUAGUCGGACAAUCACGUGUGGCUGGUAGUGCACUUAAUCAACUUAAUUCUCCAGUGGCUUUGGUUGUAGACACGAGUGGAUCAUUGUACAUUGCGGAUUAUGGAAAUAAUCGAAUCGUUUUAUGGUCAUUAGGAUCUACAUCGGGCAGAGUCAUUGCUGGUUCAGAUAAUUUUGGAGUAUUACCAUCUCAACUAUUUUUACCUUACACUAUCAGACUUGAUUCAACUGGAGCUCUUAUUGUCAUUGACACCGGUAACAGUCGUAUUCAAAGAUUUCCUGUUCUUUGCUCGCCGAAUAUAACGGCAUCAUCAGCAACAUCAAUUGCUACUACAUUUCAAAAUACGACAAUUGCUGUUUUACUUACUACUAAUAGUCUUACAGCAUCAGCAAUAUUAAACAACUCGACAACUAUACUAUCCGCUUUAACACCAAUCGCAGGUUCAAUCACAGGAUCAGCCGCAGAUACAACCACAGGAUCAGUUACAGGUUCAACCACAAGUUCAGUUACAGGAUCAGCCGCAGGUGCAACCACAGGUUCAAUCACAGAAUCAUUCGCUAGUUCAGCCACAAGAUCAGUCGCAGGUUCAGUCACAGAAUCAGCGACAGGUUCAACCACAGAAUCAGUCACAGGUUUAGUCACAGGAUCAAUUACAGGAUUAGCCACAAGUUCAGUUGCAGGAUCAACCGCAGAUGCAACCACUGGAUCAGCUGCAGGAUCAGUCACAAGUUCGGUUGCAGGUGCAACCACAGGAUCAGUCACUGGUUCAGCUACAGGAUCAGUCACAAGUUCAGUUGCAGGAUCAACCGCAGGUACAACCAUCGGAUCAGCUAUAGGAUCAGUCACAAGUUCAAUUACAGGAUCAGCCACAAGUUCAGUUGCAGGAUCAGCCGCAGGUUCAGGCACAGUAUCAGCCGCAGAUUCAACUUCAGGAUCAGCGACAGGUUCAACCAUAGGGUCAGUGACAGCAUCAGCCCCAGGUUCAGUACCAGCAUCAACCGCUGGUUCAAUCACAAGAUCAGUUACAGGUCCAACCACAGGAUCAGCCACAGCAUCAGCCUCAGGAUCAACCACCGUUUCAGUCACAGCAUUAGCCGCAAGUUCAGCCACAAGUACAGUCAUAGGACCAGCCACAAGCUCAGCCGCAGGUUCAAUCACAGAAUCAGUCACAGAUUCAACCACAGAAUCAGCUACAGGACCAGCCACAGUAUCAACCGCGGGUCCAGUCACAGAUCACGUCACAGGAUUAGCCGCAGGGACAACCACAGGAUCAGCUACAGAAUCAGUCACAGCAUCAACAAUAGUUUCAACGUUAGCUGGGGUUACACCUUCAACAACAGGUUCAAUCUCAGCAAUGGCUAUGACAUCAGAAAACAACAGCUCAACUAAUGGUAUAACACAAAUAUCAUCAACAAUGACUUCACACUUUCAAACAUCAAGUCAUUCAUGUGCAACUCGUAAUUUGAAUUCAAAAUUAUUGAUAUUCUUAUUUUAUGCCAUUAUUAUUUUCAUGAACAAAUAA